CAUGCUGACCAUGAACGUCAAUGCCUUCCACCCGCUAAUUCCAAGGCAGAACGUCAACCCCGAGCCAGUCUCAGGUGCAACUUUUAUUCACGAUCCAACCGUGGUCAAAACACCAGGAGGAAGCUACAUUGCCGCAUUCACAGCAGAUGGUGUAGGGCUCAAGCAAUCCAGUGACCGCACCAACUGGCGUGAUGUCGGCGCUGCUUUCCCCAAUGGCGCACCCUGGACGACUUCUUAUACUAAUGGCGACAAGAAUCUCUGGGCACCAGAUAUCUCUUACCACAACGGCCAGUACUACAUGUACUAUUCAGCUUCCAGCUUCGGUAAAUCCAAGUCAGCCAUCUUCCUUGCAACGAGCAAGACUGGAAUGUCAGACACUUGGACAAACCAAGGACUUAUUGUUGAAUCCACCGAGAACUCCGACUACAACGCCAUCGAUCCAAACCUCAUCGUCGAUGCAUCAGGAAAUUGGUGGUUGGCUUUCGGUUCCUUCUGGUCUGGCCUCAAGCUAAUUCAACUCGACUCUUCAACUGGCAAGCGCUCUGGUUCUAGCAUGACAUCCAUUGCCGCUCGUCCCAAUAAAGCUGUAGAGGCACCCUUCAUCUAUCGCAAAGAUAACUACUACUAUCUCUGGGUGUCUUUUGAUAGCUGUUGCAAAGGUGCCGCCAGCACCUACCGGAUCAUGGUUGGUCGCUCCACGAAUGUGAAGGGACCCUACCUCGACAAGGCAGGCCAGGACAUGAUGCAGGGUGGAGGAACACAGAUGAUGUCGAGCCAGGGGUCGGUUCACGGACCUGGUCAUUGUGCUGUAUUCACGGAUAAUGACGGCGAUGUGCUUGUGUACCAUUACUACAAGGAUAAUGGCGAUGCCACUCUGGGUAUCAAUCUCAUCAAGUAUGUUGACGGCUGGCCAGUUAUUUAUUGAACAGGGCUACUGAUGAGUGGUUUUCGUCCUCCUUGGAAAGAAAUCCAGCGCAAGCUACCUUACGGUACGAAAGUACCUAAGCGUGUAUGUGAUUUCUUUCUCCGGGAGUCUCGGAGAUUCUAUUGGGCCGCGUGUUCUUUUAAGUUUCUGUAUUAGGUUCCAUUCUAUUCUGGAGCUUGAGUUUAUUAUUAACUUUUCGUAUUCUCACCGCUGGUGGAAAUGAAUAUUCUAAAUAUACUCGUAACACCGUCAUCGAACCGAUUCCGAACAUAUGUGCAUACUUUUUGGUGGCUGUUGAAUUUUUUUCCCGUGUACAUAUUUAUAGCCCUAUCCUUGAAAGCUACUUCUUUCUUUAAUCCUCACCAAGAACUGCUCCGCUGGAUCUAACGUUGCCAAGGUAUGCUUCGUGGAAACUGCAGGCACUUUCCAUUUCAUCUCCCGUCCUCCCUCCCCUUUUGCAUCUUUAUCAUGACUCACCACUUUCUCCCUUGCGGGCUCAAUGUCAUAUUUCAUCAGCACCCUCGCGACGAAUAGAAGAACCUCUUGCUUGGCAAGUGCGCGUCCAGGACAAUGCAUAUGCCCCCCUCCAAAUGGAAAGAAGCCCCUCGGUUUCUUGAUACCGCCAUCCUUGAGCCACCUAUUUUUGUGGAAUUUUAAUGCAUCGUUCCCCCAAAUAGACGUUGAGUGAUGCAUAGGUAGGAAUUGGCCCAAUAGGCGAUCGCCGACAUGAAUUGUUUUGUUGCCAAUAGUGGUAGGGGCGACGCAAGUGCGAAUCAUUGCAGAGGAGGCAUACAGACGAAGAACCUCGUUCCAUACUGCCCCCAGGAUGGGACACUCAUUCAUGAGAUGAGUGAUGGAAAACGUGUUCGCGUCUGAAUUAAAUGCAAUACUCGUUUCCUUCCGGAUAGUCUCUGUCAGCGAUGGUGACGACAAGAUAUGUGCUAGCGUCCAGAACAGCAU